AUGAUCGUGCCUUACUUGGAACUGGCAACGGAACGGAUGGGUCCGUCGAACCUGCUGUUCCGGUCGAACCUGCCGUUCAUAUCGAACCUGCCGUUCAGAUCGAACCUGCCGUUCCAACCGAACCUGCCGUUCCAACCGAACCUACCAUUCCAACUGAACCUACCAUUCCAACCGAACCUACCAUUCCAACCGAACCUACCGUUCCAACCGAACCUAUCGUUCCAAGCGAACCUACCGUUCCAACCGAACCUAUCGUUCCAAGCGAACCUACCGUUCCAACCGAACCUACCGUUCCAACCGAACCUACCGUUCCAACCGAACCUACCGUUCCAACCGAACCUACCGUUCCAACCGAACCUACCUUUCCAACCGAAUAUACCGUUCCAUCCGAACCUACCGUUUCAACCGAACCUACCGUUCCAACCGAAUCUACCGUUCCGAUUGAACCUAGCGCUCUAA